AUGGCUGCAGCUGCCUCUGUGCAUUCAUUUAUUGCCUGUUGUAACUUGGAAGCAUUCUUCAGGAUGAAGAGAGCUAGGCAGAAAGGUGUGGUUGAAAACGAAGCUCCUCAAACAUCACAGAAAAGCAAAAAGCAGAAAACUUGCUCCUAUAGCUCAGUGUUUGGUGAAUGUGACUUGCACUCCUCAGUGGACUGGGGAAACCUUCCCCACCACGUUAUUCUGCGUGUUUUCCAGUUUCUACCUUUAGUCGAUCGAGCCAGAGCAUCUUCUGUUUGUCGGACGUGGAAUGAAGUUUUUCACAUCCCAGAUCUCUGGAGGAGAUUUGAAUUUGAACUUAGCCAGCCAGCUACUUCUUACUUAAAGUCUACACACCCUGAUCUCAUCCAGCAGAUUAUUAAGAGGCAUGCUGAUCAUCUGCAGUAUGUCAGCUUCAAGGUUGAUAGUAGUACUGAGUCAGCAGAAGCAGCCUGUAACAUCCUUUCUCAGCUGGUGAACUGUUCUAUCAAGACACUGGGUUUGAUUUCUACAGCAAAACCAAGCUUCAUGAAUGUCUCUAAGGCGCAUUUUGCUUCAGCACUGACAGUGGUAUUUGUGAACUCCAAGUCAUUAUCCUCAAUCAAGAUAGAUGACACACCACUUGAUGAUCCUUCCUUGAAGGUUCUCGUUGCUAACAAUAGUGAUACUCUAAAACUGCUAAAGAUGAGCAGCUGUCCUCAUGUAUCACCUGCUGGAAUUCUCUGUGUGGCUGACCAGUGUCAUGGACUUAAGGAGCUGGCUUUGAACUACUACAUAUUAAGUGAUGAACUGCUGCUGGCUUUGUCAAGUGAAAAACAUGUUGACCUUGAACACCUUCGCAUAGACGUCGUGAGUGAAAAUCCUGGACAAGUUGAAUUUCACACUAUUAAAAAGCAAAGCUGGGAUGCUCUUGUUAAACACUCCCCUAAAGUCAACAUUGUGAUGUAUUUCUUCUUGUAUGAAGAGGAAUUUGAUGCUUUCUUCAGAGAGGAAACCCCUGUUACACACCUUUACUUUGGUCGUGCAGUAAGCAAAGCGAUGUUAGGUCGCAUUGGCAUGAAUUGCCCAAGGCUAAUUGAGUUGGUUGUGUGUGCUAAUGGACUCCAGCCUUUGGAUGAUGAACUUAUCCGGAUUGCUGAGCGCUGCAAGAACUUGACAGCAAUGGGACUUGGUGAAUGUGAAGUGACUUGCAGAGGUUUCAUUGAAUUUGUGAAGAUGUGUGGGGGCAGGCUUACCCAGCUCUCUAUAAUGGAGGAGGUACUGAUUCCCGAUAACGAUUAUAGCUUAGAUCGACUCCAUUUGGAAGUCUCCAAACACCUGGGAAGACUCUGGUUUCCUGAUAUGAUGCCAACAUGGUGAAUUCUUUACAUUUGUGGACAAAAUGCUAGAAUCAGGGUGUUGCUUUCUAUGCAAAUAAAGAAUUUAAAAAUGAAACAUGAAAACUUAUUUCUAGGUUUGAGGUUUUCUACCUUGAGAACCUCUAGUAGUGUCACAGCAAAACAUUCUGGAGUGUUAAUGGUGUAUGGAAAUAGAAUCAGAGUACUUAACACUUCUGAAAGUAUGUCUGUGGUUUACAGGUGCUUCAAACCUCAGUGAAUUGGGCUUCUGUGAGCUUCAGUUUAAAUGUUCUGUUCACAUGAAAGGUUGGGUUUUUUUUCAUGU